CCUUCAGUAUAGUCGCCAUUUUCAGAGGCUAUUUGAGACCAGCACCGAGGGACUGAAUGUAAGAUUACUUGGAACAUGCCACAUGUGGGCAGCACAAGCUGUUUGUUACUGGUUCUAUCAUGCUUGGUUGGCAUUCAGUUUGCUAUUAGUCAAGAAAGGGUCUGCUCAUAUGCUGUAGCAAAGGAAGAGACACGACAGACAUACGUUAUAUACACUCGCUUAUCAUCCUACUCUUGCUAUUUCAUCUCCACAUGUUACAGGCGACAUUACUAUCAACAACCUGUAUAUCGUUCAUACACUGUAUACUACAUUGAAAACAAAUGCUGUGAAGGAUACAUAGGCAAUGCAGAACAGUGUUCACCAAUAUGUACAGAGUGUGCUGAGUCGCAUCUUUGUCUGGCACCAUACACAUGUGUUUGUCCUGCUGAAUGGUCCAGCAAUGACUGCAUAGAGCCGCCACAAAAUGUUACUCUAACAGCAACUGGAUCAGACAGACUAGAGUUCCGUUGGGAGCCACCUCCACACAACAUACACCGCCAGUUCGCCACUUUAUACAUUGUCUUCUUCCGAAACGAAGCCCAUUUUGUUAAUGCUUCAAGCAAUUUGGUCAUGCAGCUCGAGUCACUGACUCCAUACACUACUUACAACUGCUGUGUAGCUGCUAAUACAACCUCUGGACCAUCAAGACUAGCCUGUACAUCUCAAACAACACUAAGAACAGGAGCAGUAGAGAAUCUGGAGGUUGUUGCACUGAGUGACAAGAUGCUCGGUGUAUCAUGGGGUCCUCCAUCCUCUCCGAACGGAGCCAUUGCCAACUACGAACUGAUAGUCACCAACCUCAUUAACUUUACUGAAAAAGACUUACAACAUUUCCAAAGAUGCUAUAAUACAACUAUUUGUGAUGGAAUAGGUGAGUUGAUACAUUAAUGUAUGCUCUUGUGCAUUCUUGAUUACACCCCAAAUCAGACUGC